GAUAACACCCUUUUCAAAAAGUUCAGCAUCUCUCAAUGCUCUCUCUUUCCAAAACCAUCAACCAAAAUCGCUUUGGACUUCUACGUUCCAUUACAAUUGCAAUGUCGUCCCCACCAAAUCCCAGAGCUAGAAAGCAACCUCGUAGAGGUCGUUAUUCUUCUCAGUUAGCAAGCACCAGAGGAAAUGCCAGAAAUGCCAGAGGUGGCAGCAAUGUUCAAAAGGCAUCACCUAUCCAAAACGCAGCAUUUUCUACUUCUGCGUCCUUUGCAGAGGAAAUGGCUGCAGUUGCCGCUCCUCCACUUACCACUGCAGUCCCUCUUGACACUCCACGAUUCGCAGAUCUCGGUGCUGAAAAUCUCCUCAACCCAAUUCUUCUCCAGACCAUUACCGAAGACUUAAAAUUCGACCAUAUGAUGCCGGUUCAAGCUGCAACUCUUCGUCCUUUACUUUCAGAACGCGCAGAUUGUUUGGCACAGGCUAAAACUGGAACUGGAAAAACUAUUGCUUUUCUUAUUCCUGCGAUUCAGACACUUAUUAACAAACAGAGACGUCCGCAAGAUGGAAUUUCUCUGUUAGUCAUGACGCCAACGAGAGAACUUGCGCAGCAAAUAGCAAAGGAAGCGAGUCAAUUACUACAACGUCUUCCUAAUUAUAAGGUUGGAUUUGCCAUCGGUGGUACCAAUAAAACUACAGAGGAGAAAAAUAUUUUGAAGGGCUGUAAUAUUCUCAUUGCUACUCCAGGUCGAUUAUUCGACCAUCUUAAUGAUGAAAGAAUUAUCGAUGCUUUCCGUAAUCUCGAUACUAUCGUUCUUGACGAGGCAGAUAGAUUACUCGACAUGGGAUUCAUGAACGCCAUCAAAGAUAUUAUCAGAUGUCUCCCAGACAAGGCCCAAACCAACAGACAAGGAAUGCUUUUCUCCGCCACUAUUGCUCCCCAUGUUGAAAAGGUCGCUCACUUAGUUCUCUCGAAAGAUUACAAGUUCAUUUCCACCAUUCCUAAGGGAGAGGUCAAUACUCAUGAACGUGUUCCUCAACAUCUCGUUACCGUUCCAAAUUUCUCUGAUGUGGCCCCAGCAAUGGUAGGUUCUAUUCGCGAAGAAAUGAAAUUGGAAGGUAAGGAUAGCUUCAAAGCUAUUGUCUUUGCGCCUACCGCUGCCCUUGUAGAUUUCUACGCCGAUAUUCUCUCUCAACUAUCAGAUCUCCCACCCAUCACCGCAUUACAUUCUCGUGUAUCUCAAAGUAAGAGAACAAAAGUCACAAAUGAUUAUCGCGAAGCCAAAAAUGGUGUUCUUGUAGCUACAGAUGUAGUUGCUCGUGGAAUGGAUUUCCCGGGCGUCACUAACGUCUUUCAAGUCGGUAUCCCAGCCGAUAAAGAAUCUUACAUUCAUCGUCUAGGUCGUACAGCCAGAGCAGGCAAAGAAGGUCGUGGUGUAUUCAUUGUCACAGAUGCCGAAGGCGCAUUUCCAAAAUGGACAUUGAAAGAGAUUCAAUUCCUACCAACACCCGCAGAUCUGAGCUCUGCAGAUACUGUUUUGAGAGUAGCAUCGAAGAUGGAUAAUCACUCAAAAACAUAUCAAGCUUGGUUGGGAUACUAUAAAAAUCAUCUCAAACUUAUGAAGUGGGACAAUGCGGAGUUAGUCCGUCAAGGCAAUGUUUAUGCGAAGGAGGGAUUGGGUGCACCGGAGACGCCAACGCUUUACAGAGGCAUUGUGGGAAAGAUGGGACUUAAGGGUACUCCAGGCUUGACUAUUAUUCCAGAUCCUCCUAGAGUUCCACAUGGAGGAGGAAGAGGUGGUGGUGGUGGUGAGGGAAGAAGUGCGGGGAGUGGAGGAAGAGGCGGUAGGGGAGGUAGAGGCGGUGGUAGAGGUGGCAGAAACUAAUAAUCUUUGUGGUAUAUGUGGAUAUGGGUAUGAAUUUGGAAAAUGAUGUAGCACUGCCAUUUUCAUAUACUUUCCGCCAUAUUUCACAAGCACGUAUCUCCACGCUACGACGACUCAAAACACAAACACGAAGCGUCUAUGAAUUUCAUUGGCUUAUUGAUGGAUAGAUUUGAUGUAUAUAUAGAUAGGAAGGAUAGAAGGCUAGAUACCUAUAAAAUGGCAUGGAUGGCGCGUCGUGGCGUAGUAGGCGUUUCAUUUCGUUUUCAGUGGAUAAAAUGGAGAAUUGGGAAUCACAACUACAUACAUACAUAUGUCUACCGAUUUAGCUUAUUUACCUAGGUAGCGAAGUAGAUACUCCAAACGCCUUUGAGAUUUCUGGUUAUGUAUUUAGUUGGAUUAGUUAGAUUCUAGUAUGUUAUAUUUUUGUUAGAAUGGAAAUUAAUCA